AUGAUUGAAUUUGACAGGAGGAAGCAGUGUUAUUCUAGUUCCCUGAGAACGCCUAGGGACGAAGAGGAGAAAUUCGGGGGGAGAACAAGAUCGGGAAGAAGUAGAGAUGCAGAGGAUUAUAUUGUAGAAGAAAGCAAGGGCAGUGGAUCACAGAAGGAGAAGAGAGCAGAGGAGAAGAGGGCGGCAACUAGGCUUCGGGUUGCUAAAUUCCGGGAAAAAAGGAAGGGAGAUGUUGCCAGGCAACAAGAAUACCUGGCAGCGGAACGAAUAAGGGAUAAGGAAAGGAGAGAGAAGCCUAAGUCCCGCAGUGACACAAAGAGGCUGAGACUAAAAGCAAAACUAAGAAUGCAAGAGCAAAGGAAAAAGGUGAAAGAUAGAGAGGAGAAAGACGUGUUGUUGCAAAAACGGAAAGGAUUGCUUAAACGAAAAUCAACGCUCAAGAAAAAAAACAGUGAGAUUGGGAUCCUCAAAAAACAAAUCAGAGAGCUGACUGAAGAGAUGGAGGGUAUGAGGUCGGAAAAUAGAAAAACGGCAAAAGCUCUGAUUGCCAGCCUCACUCCAAGGUCUAAACGCAAAAUGAAGUCGAAAGUCAAAAACCAAACUCGCUUGAGACUUAUGGGGAUAAGGCUCAGGCAACAUAAAGUUCGGAGAAGACUUCAGCUUGAAGCAAGUAGUGCAGGUCCUACAGUGGAGGUCGAUGAUAACGAAACAGCUAAAGCUCCAGCAGCAGAGGAAAACGUAAAAGAGCUAAUCUGUGGGUUUGCAAUUGCUAACUCUGUAGCAAUUCCUGACAUAAAAAAGAUGAAGAGUGUGGUAGUUGAGGGUUUCAAGGAGAAAGUUCCGGUGAGGUUCAGGAGAGACACUCUUAGAAUCCUACACAAUAAGUUCCUAUCAGAAAAUACUGACGUUGAAGUGUCAUUCUCGCACUUUGCGAAGCACUUUCCCACCGAAACUGUUGUAAUCCCUGGAGCUGAAGAUUGGGGUACUGCUGGUUGUGGGAAAUGUCUCAAUCCUCGCUUCAAGGUUGAAGCCCUCCACAAAGCCGGAUGUACAACAAUGUCGGCGGAAGAAAUGUGCGAACAAAUGCGGUUGGUGACAAAUACUACCAACAACACUACUGCCUGGAACCUCAACCUAGACAAGGAUAUCCCAGAUGAAGUAACAUUUAUGAAGUGGGUGAAAGUAGACGCUGAUGGCUCAAGUGUGCCUAUUGAUAGAAAGGAACAGUUCACGAAAUCUAAAAGCUUAUUCCAAGCAGAGCUAACGCGUGAGUUGAGAGCCCUUAAGGAGCACCUAAUGACGAUCCGCUCGCAGUUCCGGGAAGUCAAGAAGGAAAAGGAGCUCAUGUUAACUGAUCCAGAAAAAGCUAUAAUCCACAUGGACUGGUCAACUAACCUUGCUAUAAAGCAGUCUCGUGCAGUACAGGGACAUUUCUUUUUUAAUAAGCAGUUAUCGCUCCACCCAAUGGUGUUGUGGCACCAGGGAGGCAGCUCUUCGAUCUGUACGUUUUCCGAUAGUAUAUGUCACAAAGCAGCUGCCACUUGGGCAGGAAUCUCGGGUCUUCUGUACGAAAUACUAAGGGAAGGAUACAUAAAGAUUGUCUUCAUUUCAGACUCGCCAACAAAACAAUACCGAAACCGGUUUAUUGCUAGUUUGCUUGAACAUUUAGUAGACACCUACACCGAGGAAAUCACUGUAAAAUGGAUCUACCUCGAGUCUGGUCAUGGAAAGGGAGCAGCAGAUGGUGUCGGUGCCACUGUAAAGAGCAAGUUGAAAAAGAUAACUGCAAGAGACGACAACUCCGAUUUCUCUGCCGAGGAACUGAAGAAAAGUUAUCUGGAAGAAGACCAAAAUGUUCGGGUCAUAACUUACAGUAAGGAUGAUGUCGAUAAGAUCAAGAAAAAGUCUAGCUACAUCAAUGCUGCCGCUAAGAAAGGUAUUGCAAGCUGUCACGAAAUGGUGAUCACCCGAGGAAAGACAACAUUGAAAAAAAGAUCUGGAGAACCGGUAUGUAAGACAUUCACCCGUCAUGUGACCAUCCCUGCGUCUGAUGUUGCAACCCUAGCGAUACCAGCGUCUGUCUCAACAACUCCAGCGAGGCCAGUCUUUGUCCCAGCUACUCCGGGCUCGGCGAGCACUGUGGCUGAUGAAAUUUCUACUGCAACGUUGACAAUUAUCAACAGUUACUCCGCGCCUCCUCAAAAUGCAGCUCAAGCCUAUACUCCAGGUUCAUACAGGGAACUCCUUGACUGUGACUUUAAUAAGAGAUUAUUUGAUGAUCUGGUCUGGGUAGUGGUGAGGGUUCCAACUGUGAAACAGAAGAGAACUCUGCACUACGUGGGCCAGGUCAUGAGAUACAUCGAGGAAGAGGAGGUGUACAUGGUCCAGCCCUAUUCACUUACCAAUAGCCCUGGGCCUGUAAUGUUCAUCUUCAAGAAGCUCAAUGAGCCAGAGUGCUAUCUUGAAGAGGACAUUCUUUUCACUUUAGAAAAGCCCUCCAUUCUUCCUCGAAACAAAAUUCAGUUUAAAACAAUACCUAAUUUUUCAAGUCUCACCAUAAUGUAAUCAGUUAUUUUAACAAGUUAAAUUUGUAUUUUUUUGCAGGGAAGUUUAUAUUUUUAUCAUUUUCUACCAUUCAUCAUCUAUCAUCGUUAAGUUUAUACAUAUUGUAAUCAGUAAUGAUAAUACACUUUCGUAAAUUUACAUUAUGUAGCUU